GUCACCACUUUCUUUCUAUCACUGCCAUUGCAAAAUGGGACACCAUCCCAGCCCAACGGAACACCACCAAAACGGCGUCGUCAGUAGCAGGCAAGAACACGAAGAGGCAUUGCUGGCUCUCAUCGAACACCGUACCCGUGAAGUCAAACACCUCCGUUAUUAUAUCUCUUAUUACAACUCCCAGCUUGAGGAAGCAGAAAAGAGUUUGUUGGAAUCUAAAUCAAAACUGGCUCGUUUACGAGGUCUAACUGGUGCAAGUUCAUCACAUGUUGACACUCAGCAAGUGAAGAUAGAACGUGAAUCAAAAACCGGUUCUUUUCAUAAAAGUGACGGUUCUUCCAAAAACCACCUUCGCGUGGGUUCAAAAUUUUCGCAUUCCGUACCAUUGCCACCUUCUCCUUCUUUUGUUUGGUCAAAAGUAAAGUCUGAUAAGAAUCGGAGAAUCUCUCCUGAGCAGGAAAACAUUGAAGUCCAAGGCAGAGGGAGCAAAAGGAAGUUUUUUGAACAGAAAGAGACCACUGAGGAAGUGAUUCCCUUGAUAUGUAAAAGUUCUUCACCAGAACCAGUGCUUUAUCAAGCAAGCAAUCACUUCCUUAGUCAACACAAGAGGAGAUUGCGAUGUAUUGCUGUGUGUCCUGUAAAUGAUCACCACUUUGUCACCAGUGCUUUGGAUGGAGUGGUCAACUUGUGGGAAGUUCAUUCAUCACAAUCAGUAGCUUGUCUUCUUAAAAGUACAAAUUGUAUAUCCCCACAGCAGAGAUGGCCGGAAGACAUAGUUUGGCACCCAGACGGAAACAGCUUGCUUUCGGUAUAUAGUGCUGAUGGUCGAGACUCUCAAGUAUCAGUUACGGACUUCGGUAGAGUAAAAGCUGAUGGGAGAGCAAACCAUGUAAGUUUCUUAGAGGACAAACCUCACGUGACGGGUGUCAUAAAUAGCAUUGCUUUUCUGCCUCGGGAGAAUGCCAGUUUUGUAACCGCAGGAACUGACCAUGCUGUCGUAUUGUGGCGUGAGAAUGGCCAGAACAAAUGGAAGCCAGAGACAUUACACAGGAAUCUUCAUUCUUCAGCCGUCAUGGGAGUAUGUGGUAUGCAGCAGAGGUCACUUGUGUUGUCUGUUGGCAAAGACAAGAGAAUCUUGGGGUACGAUGUUCGUGUCGGAAGAAAAGAUUUCACGCAGCAAGUUGAUAGUAAAUGUUUGAGUGUUCUGCCAAAUCCCCGUGACUUUAAUCUAUUCAUGGUUCAAACCGGGACUCCUGAGAGACAGCUUCGAUUAUUUGACAUCAGAUCAAAAAGGUCAGAAGUUCAUGGCUUUGGAUGGAAGCAAGAAAGCAGCGAGUCUCAGUCAGCUCUGAUAAAUCAAGCUUGGUCCCCAAAUGGAGUUUACAUAACAUCUGGUUCAGCCGAUCCCAUGAUUCACAUAUUUGACAUUAGAUAUAAUGGUCACAAACCUUCCCAAUCUAUAGAAGCUCAUCAGAAACGAGUCUUCAGAGCCAUGUGGCUUCGCUCUCUUCCCUUACUCCUUUCCAUAUCAUCUGAUCUCAACAUUGGGUUACACAAAAUUGUCUAGAACACGUGAAAAAAUAAAUCAUAAUGUUUGAGUUUCUUCGUCAAA